GCGCCGAGGGUACCUCCUCCCAACCCGCACAACUUCCCGCUUUCACCUGGGGACACGGAGCGACCUACGGACUUAGGCGCGGGCAAUUCUGGGCAGGGCGCCCCACCGAGGGGGCCGCCCGUCGGGGCGAGGGGACUUGUCCCUUUGCCUCCCCCAGCUGUUUCGCUCGGGAUGGCGCCUCCGGCUGAGUGACGGGAGCCUCUUCCAGGACUUGCCCUCCUGGAUCUCCGACCUUCGUGGGGCAAGAUGUAUGAGAGUGUGGAAGUCGGGGGGCUCGCCCCUACGCCUAACCCCUUCCUAGUGGUGGACUUUUAUAACCAGAACCGGGCCUGUUUGCUCCCGGAGAAGGGGCUCCCUGCCCCGGGUCCCUACAACACCCCACUCCGGACACCUCUUUGGAAUGGCUCAAACCACUCCAUCGAGACCCAGAGCAGCAGUUCAGAAGAGAUAGUGCCCAGCCCCCCUUCGCCGCCACCCCUGCCCCGCAUCUACAAGCCUUGCUUUGUUUGUCAAGACAAGUCAUCCGGCUACCACUAUGGGGUCAGCGCCUGUGAGGGCUGCAAGGGCUUCUUCCGGCGCAGUAUCCAAAAGAACAUGGUGUAUACGUGUCACCGGGACAAGAACUGCAUCAUCAACAAGGUGACCCGGAACCGCUGCCAGUACUGCCGGCUGCAGAAAUGCUUCGAAGUGGGCAUGUCCAAGGAGUCCGUGCGAAACGAUCGGAACAAAAAGAAGAAGGAGAUACCAAAGCCCGAGUGCUCGGAGAGCUACACGCUGACGCCGGAGGUCGGGGAGCUCAUUGAGAAGGUGCGCAAAGCGCACCAGGAGACCUUCCCGGCGCUCUGCCAGCUGGGCAAGUACACUACGAACAACAGCUCAGAACAACGCGUCUCUCUGGACAUUGACCUCUGGGACAAGUUCAGUGAACUCUCCACCAAGUGCAUCAUUAAGACGGUGGAGUUUGCCAAGCAGCUUCCUGGCUUCACCACCCUCACCAUUGCCGACCAGAUCACCCUCCUCAAGGCUGCCUGCCUCGAUAUCCUGAUUCUGCGAAUCUGCACACGGUACACGCCUGAGCAAGACACAAUGACCUUCUCAGAUGGGCUGACCCUGAACCGGACGCAGAUGCAUAACGCUGGCUUUGGCCCCCUCACCGACUUGGUCUUUGCCUUCGCCAACCAGCUGCUGCCCCUGGAGAUGGACGAUGCUGAGACUGGACUGCUCAGUGCCAUCUGCCUCAUCUGUGGAGACCGACAGGACCUGGAGCAGCCAGACAAGGUGGACAUGCUACAGGAGCCGUUGCUGGAGGCACUGAAAGUCUAUGUCCGGAAACGGAGGCCCAGCCGUCCCCACAUGUUCCCAAAGAUGCUGAUGAAGAUUACGGACCUUCGGAGCAUCAGCGCCAAGGGAGCCGAGCGGGUUAUCACGCUGAAAAUGGAGAUCCCUGGCUCCAUGCCACCACUGAUCCAGGAAAUGCUAGAGAACUCUGAGGGCUUGGACACUCUAAGCGGACAGUCGGGGGGCGGAACACGAGACGGGGGUGGCCUGGCUGCCCCGCCGGGUAGCUGUAGCCCCAGCCUCAGCCCCAGCUCCCACAGAAGCAGCCCAGCCACCCAAUCCCCAUGACCGCCUCGCCACAUGGACGGCCCUCACCCCUGCCCUGGCUUUGUCUGCCUUCCUACUGGCCACGUGCGACCCAUCAGCCCAGCCCCGCCUUGUCCUCCCAGACAGAACUGGGGACCUUCUAGGGGGGGAUAGGAGGGAGGAGGCAGUGACUCUGCAGACAGAGGCCUGGACCCCAAGAUGGGCUGCCCUCUUCCAGCAACCUGGGCUGGCAUCAGGGUCCAGGCGUGGAGCCACGUGAGGACCUGGGCCUCAGCCCCUACCCGUCUUGCCACGUCUUCAUCACCAGCAAAUGCCGGGACCUGGCUCCCUGUCCUCCGAACUCAAAGCCAUCGCUCCCCAGUCAGGGGAACCGCCUGCCCCCUGCUUCGGAUGGUGACAGAGGGGUGUCCAGGGUGGGGGAGACCCCCUGUACAUAU